AUGCUGUGUGUUUUCUCCUCAUAAACAAAAGCUUUCUGUUCAUCUUUCCCUUCUUCGUGUUCUGAAACAAAAUUCUCUAUUGUUUCGGACAUGGCGUUUUCUUGCCCGCGUUGGUGGCAUGCUUUAGUAUACUUGGCAAUCUCUGUAACUCUCGCCGUUAUUGUAAUCUCUACAACAUUCCACUCGAAACCCAAGACCACCCAAGUCUUAUUAUCUCCGAAAUCAGAUUCUCGCAACCUGCACGGAUUAUCUCUGGGUUUGUAUGCUUCUCGAGCUCUACGGAAGUCUGGAUUCAAGGUUAUGGCUACCUUUCUUGAUAUCUCUCCCUUAUUAUUCCACCCAUCUACUUCAGAAUUGACCAUAUUCGCCAUCCAAGAUCCACCCAUCUCUAACAUUUCUCUCCCUCCAUUGCUGACGAGAGAACUCCUCCGUUACCACACUUCUCCUUCCAAGCUUUUCAUGGAAGAUCUUCUCAAGAAACCUCAAGGUAGCUGUGUUUCGACUCUUCUUCCUGGAAAACAACUUGCGAUCACCAAAGUGAAUGCUGCAAAAGGAAAGAUCGAAAUUAAUCGGGUCUUGAUUACUCAUCCGGAUAUCUUCGUCCAAGGCCCCUUGUCGAUUCACGGAGUUCUUGGGCCUUUCGUUCACUUUUCUCCAGAGGAUAUUGAGCAGGACAAGAGUCCAAUCGCUUCAAAUCACUGCAAUUUAAAUUCGAGUCUGGUUGCAAAUGUAACUAAAUCGACAAAAAGUGUGCCUUGGAGACGAAUUAUUAGAUCACUCGGCUCAAACGGGUUUGUUUCUUUUGCGAUCGGAUUGCGAUCAGUUCUUGAUGUGAUUCGUCAAGAAUACGGUGGUUUGAGUUCUGUGACACUCUUCGCUCCGCCGGAAUUGAUUGAUGUUGCAUCACCAUUGCCGAUGCUGGAAAGGAUUGUGAAGUUCCAUAUCUCAACUCAGCUAUUUACGUACAGGGAACUGGCUUCGCUACCUGAGAAAGCCUCCCUGAUGACUCUGGUUCCUGGUCAAGAUCAUAAAAUUACAAAUGGUGUUGUUGAUUUCAGAGGAAUUCUAGCCAUUAACAAUGUGGAAAUCACAGUGCCAGAUGUUGUCUUGUCAAAAAGGUUUGUUAUCCACGGGAUAUCUCGAGCUUUCGAGAUGGUAAAGCUGCCGGCGGCCACUUCCACUUAGAUCAGUUUCAGAGCUUUCAGCUAAUCAACUUAGCUUAUU